GCCAAUCGCAGGCGGAAGGCGGAGUGGGCGACGGCGUGAAACCUCCGCGUCAAGUUGUGCAAACGUCAAUCGCGCAGCUCUCGCACGGAGGAGGUCCGUCCGCACGCACUCCCGAAUGCCUCGCGCAGCCUCCAACGGUGGCCGCCUCGGAUGAAUGAAAACAGACGCAAACUGCGCAAAGGAGGAAGGAUUGCACUUUUUACCCCUGCACUCCUUUGUCGGCUCUCAGUCUCGAAGAAUGCUGAAAAUGGCCGAGGAGCACGACAAGUGCGUGGGCGACCACCCGUGCAGCCCCGCGGGCACCAGCAGCUCCACGUCCCAAGACGAGUCCGACUCGGACGCUCCGUCCUCGCCCACCGGCUCCGACGGGCACGCCGCGUCUCUGCUCGCCGGCCUGGGCAAGAAGUUGGACUCUGAGGACGACGAGCGCUUCCCGGCUUGCAUCCGGGACGCCGUGUCGCAGGUGCUGAAGGGCUACGACUGGUCCCUGGUGCCCAUGCCGGUGCGGGGCAACGGCUCGCUGAAGAGCAAGCCGCACGUCAAGAGGCCCAUGAACGCCUUCAUGGUUUGGGCCCAGGCGGCCCGCAGGAAGCUGGCCGACCAGUACCCGCACCUGCACAACGCCGAACUCAGCAAGACGCUGGGAAAACUCUGGCGUUUGCUCUCCGAGAGCGAAAAGAGGCCGUUUGUGGACGAGGCGGAGCGCCUGAGGGUUCAGCACAAGAAGGACCACCCGGACUACAAGUACCAGCCCAGGCGCAGGAAGAAUGUCAAGCCCGGCCAGAGCGACUCGGACUCCGGUGCCGAGCUGGCCCAACAUCAACAACAGCAGCAGCAGCAACAUCAUCAUCACCACCACCACCACCACAUGUACAAAGCGGAACCGGGCUUGGCGGCACUCGGCGGGAUGGGCGACGGGCACCACCACCACCCUGAACAUGCAGGACAGCCCCACGGUCCGCCGACACCGCCCACAACCCCGAAAACGGACGCGCACCACGGCGCCAAGCAGGACCUGAAGCACGAAGGCCGCCGCCCGGCCGACAGCGGCAGGCAGAACAUCGACUUCAGCAACGUGGACAUUUCUGAGCUGAGCACGGACGUCAUUAGCAACAUGGAGGCCUUCGACGUGCACGAGUUCGACCAGUACCUCCCCUUGAACGGCCACAACGCCACUUCCUCCUCCGUGGGGCCCGUCUCCUCGGAGCCGGCCUCCUACGGCGCCCCCUACGGGGCCUCGGCGUGGAAUCGCAAGAGCGCCGUGACCUCGUCGUCCCCCGAGGUGGCCCAGCAGCGCCUCCACAUCAAAACGGAGCAGCUGAGCCCGAGCCACUACAGCGAGCGCUCCCCCUCGCACCCCGACUACGGCACCUACAGCAGCCAGGCCUGCGUCGCCCCCUCCGCGGCGCCGUUCCCCGCCUCGCAGUGUGACUAUGGCGACCUGCAGGGCUCCAACUACUACAACCCUUACUCGGGCUACCCCUCCAGCCUCUACCAGUACCCUUACUUCCACUCGCCCAGGCGGCCUUACGGCAGCCCCAUCCUCAACGGCCUGUCCGUGGCGCCUGCUCACAGCCCCCCCGCCCCCAGCUGGGACCAGCCCGUCUACACCACUCUGACCCGACCUUGAGCGGCGGGAGAGAUGCGUUCCGGUCAAGCACUACUAACGAAGGAUGCGAGGAGCACAACAAGCAAAAGAUGAGGGGGGGGGGGGAGAAAAAAAGAAAAAGUGCCUGCUGAUUUUCUACAAAAUACUCUAUAUCUUUGCAACACUUGACUUUUUACACCAAGAGAACUAUUGGUGGUGCCUCCGUGAGGACGUAUUAUCUCCCGAAACCCUGUACAUUUACCCAUUUUUAAUUAUUAUUAUUUUUUUUUAGAGCAUGCACUUAUAGGUGAAACACUAGCCUUUUUUACACAGAGACCCUGCAAAACAAUCGCAUUACAGAGUUCAGAGAAAAUCCAGCAUCAACCGGCUUGUAAAGUGAGACUAAAUGUCUUAAAGUGUUUUUAACCUUGGACCAAUGGGGGGGGGGCGUCGUUUCCCGGGGUGGGCGUGUCUGCCGACUGCGUGAAACCAUGCCUCGUUGACAAAAAAGGACGCUUAUUCAUCUAGCAGUCGAUGCAUUAUUAAUAUGCCACAAAAUAUAUAUUUGUCUCAAAGCCUGCAUUGGUUGCAAAAUUUGCCACGGCGGGAACCGUCGUGACGUAAAGCGCUGGCCACCGGGCUAGCUCGAGUGUUGACGGGCUUCCGGGCCUCCUUCGGGCCGGCGGACUCAUCUGGGAAUUUUAAAUAACGACGUACAGCUGUUUCGUUAAUUGUGGUACAGGGAAGAUUCAUUUUCAGCGUUUAGAUAACGGUCACUGCAAAAAACCAAAAAACAAACUCCAAACCUUGCAAGAAUGUUUUCCUUAUUUCUAGUCAAAAGUCUCAAAACUAACCGGAUUACACGUCAAAAUAAGAAAUCUUGUAAAAUGUUAUGUCUAAAAACAAUUUACUUUUUUAAUGUAAGAUUAAAAUUUUUAGAUUUUUACAUUGUGGGCUUCUAUAGUGGAUUAGGGAAGGACUCAUGUGGGACGCCAAAAGUUCGUUACUGGGUGGCCCAAAAAUACGGAAAGCUGAAAUGUUGAGGAACUGUUUAGCGCUACAUCAUUCCGUUUUUUCACAUUAUCAGCAAUUAUCUUCAUACAUGUCUGAUGCGUUCAGAAAAAAAAAAAAUCUGAAGUCAUUUUGCGGAGUUUUUAUUUUCAUGCAGAACCCAGCAAAAGCAGGAUAUCGCCUCUUUCACACAGUGACUAUUCCCUUAAAUACAAGUCACUUUCACACAGAGAGUCUGCAAAAUUGUCACUUAUAAGCCAUUCAAGAAGAUUCCACAUUAAUCUGCAUUUUCCUUCUGCGCGGAAUCCAGCAAAGACAAAACAUUGCUGCAACAUUCAUACAGCGAGCAGUUGUAUUGCUGUUUUGGAUGUUUUUUAUUAGCAUAUUUUACUUUUAACACGGCGGGAGAAGUAAGUGUCAGACGUGAAACGUCACCUGUGUUUGGGAAUUCUCAAACGUAUUUCACACGGGGGUCCUGCGAAAAGUCCCAAAGUGGCCUCCUUCACGCACAAAUCAGAAAGUUCGAUCUUAGCAUUUCAAAGUGGUCGAUUGCUGCAAAUGCGUCCGCGUCCGCACAGCGACACACAAUCCCAAAAUCGGGGAAUUAGAUGACUCCGUAUUCGAAUAUUUUGCCAGACGCUGGUAAUUGGAUUUGACGCCACAGCGCGGGAGAAGUGAGCUGUCGCGCCCGUGAAACGUCUUUUAAACUUCUUUCGGCUCAGAGAUGCAACUGCAAGCGAUUAGCAACCUUUGCCCUUCGCACAAUCUGAUAAGUAGGUGACGACGACGCUAGUGAGGCUUGAUUAUCAAAAAUAGUAGUUACAUCCAAGUAAUACAUUUGCAUAUUAACCCGAUUUAUUAAAAUAAUAGUUGCAGCCCUAGAAAACGCGGAUACAAUUCAGGCCCGAAAGGCUUGUGUGAAAAGGGCUACUGACUAAUUCCUGGCAUGUUCGAGGUGUUCGCAUAAAGAUAAUUUUUUUUUUACUUCCCCUGCAUCAAAGUCUUAACAAAAAAUGACUUUUAUGAAUCUUACAGUGUAAAAGUCUUAUAUAUAUAUAUAUAUAAAUAUAUAUUUAUGUUCUUAGAUUAUUGGUUUCUCUC